AUGGGCUCUAUACCAAUACCUAUCAUCUUCAUCAUCUUUCUUUUUCAUUUACAGAGAUCCAAAUCUCAGACGGUUGAAUCAGCACAUCUUCUUGAUCUUAUGAUUAGAGAUUACACCAUCAGAAACUUCAACAUACAUUUCAAGACAGGUGCUAUCCAGAAAAUUCCUCUUCCUUCGAAUUUCUCAUCCAUUGAUAUUGCCACGGCUAAGUUUAGAUGCGGGAGUUUGGGAAGACAUGGUGCAACAAUCGGAGAGUUUCACUUAGGUCCGGGCUUGACAUUACAGCCAUGUGUUGACAGAGUGAUUCUGGUGAGACAGAACUUGGGAUUGAACUGGUCUUCUUAUCUUUACUCAACUGGUUAUAACUUGACCGGUUACAAUUACCAGCUCGUGUCUCCGGUUCUUGGUAUAUUGGCUUACAAUUCAAACCCGGAUGGUGUGGCUGUGAACCCUUAUGAGAUUAACGUAACGGGCACGGAGCAAAACCCUAUUUUGAUCAAAUUCUUCAGCAGCAAGGCAAGUGGUGAUCCUAAACCUAACACGAAUCAGAACUCAUCUCUAUUGUGUGCUUGCUUCACAAGUAACGGUACCAUAACGUUUAGACAGCAAGUUUCAGCAUACGUUUGCUUAGGAACAAGACAAGGCCACUACGCACUCGUGACUAGAGCUCACAAAAGUGAUGGUAGUGACGUGGUAACGCCGGCCUCGUCUCCUGAUCAGGUGAAUGAAAGUGGCGGCGGAGGGAGAUUGAGCCGGUGGAAAGUGGCGGUUGGGAGUGUGAUAGGGUCAAUGAUUGGAGCGUUUCUAUUAGGGUUAUUGGUGGUGGCGAUGGUAGUGAAAGGGAAGAAGAAAGCAAUGAGAGAGGAGAUAGAGAGGAGAGCUUAUGAAGAAGAAGCACUUCAGGUUUCAAUGGUUGGUCAUGUUAGAGCUAAUCCUAAUGCUUCGAGAACAAGAACGGUUCCAAGAUUUGAUAAUUCUAGGUAUAGUAACAAGUAAUAACAACAAACUUAACUAGAUAGUAGAUCGUCCUUAUUUGAUAUGAUGUUUCUCAUAUUUAGUGUUAACUAAACCUUUUUAUCUA